AUGGCUCCAAUCCAGCUGGACGGCGACGGCCGCAAGCGCGAUCUCCUCUCCGGUAAGAACAUCGGCUUGAUCAACGCAAUCAUUGAUGGAUUUGCAAAACGGGGCAUGAUGGAUGACGCACGCCGCAUUUUCGAUUCCAUGGAUCGGCGCACCGCGGCGUCGUGGAACUGCGUCAUCGACGGCUACCCACGGAGCGGCCAGCCGGAUCUCUCGCUUCUGUUCUUUGGGCGGCUGCAUGCCGAGGGGUUGGAUCCAAACGGCCGGAGCUUCUGCGCGGCUCUCCACGCGUGUUCUUCGAUGGCCGCUACAGAAAAGGGGGUGACAUAUUUACAGGGGAGGAUCAUCAAACUCAGGAGCCUCAAGAGAGGAUUGGCUCUUCAUUCCCAGCUCCAGAGUGGUGGAUUCUUGGUGGACAGGUUCGUGGCGAGCGCCCUGGUGGAUUUCUAUGGAAAGUGUGGCACCGUGAGAGAAGCUCUAGAGAUUUUCCAGGCUGCCAAGUUGGGAACAAAGGACGUGGUUUUGUGGAGUGCCAUGAUCAGCGCUUGCUCGCAAGGAGGGGAAGACGAGCUAGCCUUGGAGCUCUUUGAGCUUAUGCUUUUGGAAGAUGGAGUGGAGGCGAAUGCUCGGACUCUGGUGGCCGUGCUCGACGCUUGCACGAAUCUGGGAUGGCUGGACAGGGGCGGAGAGAUUUACUCCAAGUUUGCAAGAACAGGGACAGGGAUUUCGUCCAGCGUUUUCGUCUCCAACAGUCUGAUGGAUAUGUAUGCAAAGUGGGGGAGAUUGCUGGAUUGCCAGCGAGUUUUCGAUGGGAUGUUAGAGCGGGAUUCGGUCUCCUGGAAUGUUUUGAUCAUGGGAUAUGCAAAAGGUGGCGAGGCCCAGCGAGCUGUCGAGCUAUUCACGGCCAUGCAAGCGUUAGACGUGGUCGUCAGCUCCAGAACUUUGGUGGCGGUUCUCCAGGCAUGCUUGGAUAUGGCCGAGAAGGAAGAGGCUCGGCUUGUGGAUGGAAGGCCCUUGAAAGUGGCGUCGUUGGAGAAGGGAUUGGCUUUUCAUUUCCGGUUUCUCGACGGGCUGGAAGAUGUUUACGCUGCAAACAACUUGAUCAGUCUCUACGCUUGGUGUGGAAGUUUGGAUGAUGCGGCUCGGGUUUUUGACAAAAUGACUUUUGCAUCGGUACUUAAGGCCUGUGGUGGUCUUGGAGCACUACAGGCUGGACAGGCAAUCCAUCGUCUGAUCGAAGAAACUGGGGCCGAGAGCUCUCCGGCGGUGGCAAACUCGCUCAUAAGUUUCUACGGCAAGUGUGGUGACAUGGUGGAAUCUCGGCGAGUGUUUGAUGGGUUUCCAGACAAGGACGCAGUGUCUUGGAGUGCACUGAUCGCGGGAUACAGCCGUCAAGGGGACAGUGACGCGGUGUUUGAUCUGUUCGAGAGAAUGCAAGAGUUCGCCAAGCCGGACGCUGUGACAUUCUCUUCAGUUCUAUCGGUCUGCUGCCACGCUGGUUUGGUCGACAAGGGGAUGGAAUACUUUCACGCGAUGUGCUCGGACUAUGGACUUAGUCCGAGUGUGGAGCACGUAAUCUCCAUGGUUGAUCUACUUGGACGUGCUAAUCGGCUGGAGGAUGCGCUUGCGAUGGUGCAAAGCCUGCCCGUGGAAGAGGUGUGCUCCAGGAUAUGGAUGGCUUUGCUUGGGGCUUGUUUCAAGUGGAAAAAUGCAGUGAUUGGAGAGGUAGCCUUUGAUGCUCUGCCAAAGGUUGACGAUCAAGGUGGUACAGCUUAUGCUCUCAUGGCAAACAUAUACUCAGGCUCAAAUAAUGAAAACUAUGACAACCUUGAAGUGAUUGGUACGUAA